GCCGUACGGGAAAAAACAAGGAAGUUGACGCAAUUUCUCCUGAAUGAAAACAAACCAGGAGUGGAAACGCAGCAGAACUAUGAAACAUUUAUGGUUUUUAUGAGGAGCAACGAUAAAUGCUGUCCAGGUAGUUUCACAGCCGCGGACAGGUUUUGGGGGCAGACAGCUCUCAUGCCAAAAUGAAGGCAGCUAGAAGUACCAUGUUGGCUCCUGGGUUAUCCAACAACAAGGCCAAGUAUUCACGGCUGGCUGCCAGUGAUGAUGGUUAUAUUGAUUUACAGUUCCAGAGGAGUCCACCAAAGAUCCCUUAUAAUGCUAUCGCUCUGGCAAUUUUCCUGUUUCUGAUUGGUUCUCUCCUGAUCAUCUUUGGGGCUCUUCUCCUGACAGGAACCAUCAAGGUUGAGAAUCCUGACCGCACCAUUCCCGUCAUCAUCAUCGGCGUCCUCGUCUUCCUUCCUGGGUUUUACCAUCUGAGGAUCGCCUACUACGCCGCCAAGGGUUACAGAGGAUACUCCUACGACGACAUCCCAGACUUCGGAGACUGAGUUGAGCUGCCAACUGUGACGGGGAUUAUGACCACCACCCUCCUUCAACCUACGGCUGCUUCACGAAAGCAGCCAACUCACAUCAACACUCAGCUGUAGACUUGUUAUCCCUCACAUUAAUGCUUUUAAUUUACUACAUGACUGAUUAUCUGUAUGCUGCUUGCACAGCAGUUUUAAUUACUAUGAAACUUAUGCACAGCAAUGUUGUAUCAGGAAAUGUAUAAGGGCUUGGGGUACAGAUUGAUGAAAAUUCUUCCUUCGUAGCAUUAUCUGUCAUUUUUGUAUGUUAGACAGUUUUUUGUUACUUAUUUUGUUAAAAAUUAAAAGAAAAUAGUAAAAAAAAA